AUGCUUUGGCAUCUCUUUCUAAUCCCACUGGCUGUUGCCAACGAGCUUAUAACACUUUCGCCAGAUGUUGAUUCAUUAGAGAGCACAGAUGAUGCAUCUGAAUCUGAUCUUUUUGUUGGGGACAGUUUAAUUUGUAACUCAGUAGAAUGCUACCCAAAAAUCUUUGAAGCUACGAAAGAGUGGCAAACAAUUAAACCAGCUCAACAUCUACCUGGUGGUCUAGAUAUCAGAAUGAACUUGGACACAGGACUCAAAGAGGCGAAACUAGGGCCUGAAGCUUCGGAUGUCAAGUUUGCUACUAAGGAAGUGAACACUGUGGAAGAAACUACAGAGUAUGAGUUCAGCAAAGACUUUACAAAAGUAAAGCAAGCAUUAGAGGAUAAGAAAUACGACUUGGUGGAGUCUACUCUCGAUGAUCUGGUAGACUUUGCCCAUGACUAUAAGCACGGGUACAAGAUUGUCGUGCAUGAACUACCUUUAUUAAAGCAACUAAUGUUUGGGCCUCACAUACCCAUCCAAAUCAAGGAAACAUCAGCGAGAAUACUGACGGGAUGUGUAAGAAAUAAUCCACCGGUACUGGAAUAUAUUAAUGAACACGACCCAAGCCUUGUGACGCAAAUCUUUAAUAGCUUAGACUCCAUUAUUUCAUCACCUCUAGAUCAUGACUCUACAGGACUCGUGAAAAGACUUCUAUCCAUAGUUCACGCUUUGGUGAGUAACAAACCGACAGAAAUUAACGAAGAUACGCUUUCGAGACUUUAUCGUCUAAGAGAUAAGCAAAUAAAAAUGAGGGUUUUAGAAAUAUUAUCAAGCGUCUAUCAAAACUUAUCUCCGGAAGCAGGGCCAUUAUCAAAGAGGUCUUUGGAUGAAACGAACGUCCAGAAAUGGUUUAAUGAGUUCGCAACCUUAAUACAAGACAGUGACGUUGAUGAACUUCAUAUAAGGGAGUUUUUCAACAGCAUGUACAACAUCAAGAAAGAGCUCGGAAAAGCUGUAAAAGUGGACCCCUCUUUCCUCAAUUGGCUAAGUGAAGAAGGAGAAAAAAGGCUUGAACGGCUUCAUGAUAAGCUCAGUGUUAGGGAUUCAGAACAGGAUGAUUUUGAUCACAGAUUUGUUGAGAGCAGGCAUUUAGUUUUCGGUAAUCCUAUGGCACAUAGAAUGAAACAUUUUGCUGAUGAGCUCUGA